AUGCGGAAGAAGCACUUUCACGAAGCCAUCACACUCUUCAACUUGGUGGAGCGGGAGGAGGAGGUGAUGGAGGCGGUGCUGGUGGGGCGUGGCAUGGCGCACUCACUGCUGGGCCACCACCGCCUCGCCCUCUCCGACUUCUCCACCGGGGUGAAGCUGUUUCCCAGCAAUGCGGAGCUUUGGAGGCGACGAGGCUUGCUGCACGCCGGCAUGGGCAAGAGGAGAGAGGCGAUGGCGGACCUCUCUCGCUCGCUGCACCUCGACCCCACCAACCAAGAGGCGCUGCUGCACCGAGGCACGCUGCACUUCCACGCUCACGAUUACUGGGCCGCCAUCCGCGACUUCUCCACUCUGCUCGAUGCACGCCCGCCCGACCCACUUCUAUUUAACGCCCUCGGUUUGGCGCUAGCAGGGGCGGGGGAGUGGCGGCGGGCAGCGGAGGUGUUUGAGCGCGGGGCGGCGCUCUUCCCGCGGGCCGUGCAGCUGUGGCUGGAGGGCGGCCGCGCCUUCAAGGAGCUGGGCGCCGUGCAGCCCGCGCUGCAUGCGCUCGAACGAGCCGUCGCCCUGGAGGAGUCAACGGUGGCGUACCACCGCCUGGCAUCGCUGCACCAGCUCACAGGCGAUCACAGAGCGGCGAUGGAGAGCGCGCAGAGGGGGCUGCGGGGCAACCCGGGCGACAUCGAGCUGAACCACGCUGUGGCCUCCGCCCUCCACGCCCUCGGCGACUUCCCCAGCGCUCUGAGGCAGUACGACCAUGUGCUCAGCCUCAGUGCGGGGGACACCCCGGGUGCCUUCCAUGUGCUGCAGUUCAUGGCCUUCUAUCAGAGGGAGAUAGCGGCGUACACGGUGCUCCGCCUCGACGCCCCCUUCACCGCCUUCCACCUCGACCACCACCUUGACGUCAACUUCCGUGAGGCGUGGGUGAAGAAGCUCUCGCCGUGGACGCUCUUCCCCGCCUACCAGCCCAUCCGCCUCACCCAACCAAUCCUCUCAGCGGCCUCCCAAGCCUCGCUGCCGAGCCUGUCGAAGCAGGCGCUGGUUCUGAUAGGCGAGGCGGACAGCAUGGGGCAGCGCACGCAGUACCACGUGGACGGCUUCUUCCCCAACCAGCGCCAGUACCGCAUGGCAGGGCUAGCCAUGCUUGACAUCAUGCAGCGAGUCGCGUCCACGUGGCAUGCCAUGGCCUCUGCCACGUCAUCACAGCACAACAGCGGAUCUCAUGAUGCCACGUCAUCACAUGAAGCCAUGUGCUCACCUGCCGCAGCACUGGACAGUGAGGCCGCUGCACCUCCAGCCGCGCCUGACUCCCCCUCCCCCUCCAUGCCUCCCGCGGCACCCACUGCUCCUACUGCUGCCACGGCGCCUGACUCCGCUGUGGCUGGCAGCAGCCACAAGGGAAGUCCCAGCAAUAGAGGGACGGGUGAGCAGGGCAGGCGGCGCAGGGGCAGAGGCGGCAACAGCAAGAGCAAAGGCAGGGGGCAAGGAGGCGAGCUGAUUGGUGGGUGGAGGGAGGUGUUUGACAGAAUCGUGCGGUGGAGGCAGAUUGCCGAGCCAACCGACACCGUUGCAUGGAUCGAUGCUCUCAA